GUUCAGCCACAUCAACUUCCCACUGCCCACAUACUCAGCCUCAUUCUGGAAAGUCAUUCGACGACGGUCUAGCCCACAAAAAUACCCGCAGAAGAAGGAAAUAAUCACGUUCGUCGGAAAUUAGGACAGAAGACUCAAUGGCCGGAGUUACCGAAGCCCAAGGUGUCGUUGCUUUGGGUCAAGCCGCAAGCGAUUUCUCAAUCAAACCAGCCAGUGCAACUCCCAGACUCGACACCUCUCAGUGGCCGCUCCUUCUCAAAAAUUAUGACAAGUUGCUCAUCCGAUCCAGUCAUUUUACACCCAUUCCCUGCGGCAGUAGUCCGUUGAAACGACCUCUAUCGGAAUAUAUCAAAACCGGUGUUAUCAAUCUGGACAAGCCUUCAAACCCAUCCUCACAUGAGGUAGUCGCUUGGAUUAGAAGAAUACUUCGUUCGGAGAAAACUGGUCAUUCUGGUACAUUAGAUCCCAAAGUCACAGGAUGUCUAUUAGUGUGCAUAGAUCGGGCCACAAGACUAGUCAAAUCUCAACAGGGUGCCGGAAAAGAAUAUGUUUGUGUCUUAAGGUUGCACGCCGGAUUAGAGACAGAAAAAGCUCUCAGCCGUGGCUUGGAAACUCUGACCGGCGCCCUAUUCCAACGUCCACCCUUAAUCUCGGCCGUCAAACGUCAACUGAGAAUUCGAACGAUCUAUGAAACCAAGCUGAUCGAAUUUGACAAUAAACGACACUUGGCGAUUUUCUGGGUCAGUUGCGAGGCCGGAACCUAUAUCCGUACCCUUUGCGUCCAUCUCGGACUGCUUCUUGGAGUCGGCGGCCACAUGCAAGAACUUCGACGAGUCCGGAGUGGAGCCAUGGGUGAGAAUGAUGGGAUUGUUACGAUGCACGACGUUUUGGAUGCUCAAUGGACUUACGACAACACGCGUGAUGAAUCGUACCUCCGACGUGUCAUCCGUCCGCUCGAGUCCCUGUUGAUCGGUUAUAAACGAGUCGUGGUCAAAGAUACCGCUGUCAACGCCGUCUGCUAUGGCGCCAAGCUAAUGAUACCCGGUCUACUCCGUUACGAAGCCGACAUUCAACUCAACGAGGAAGUCGUCUUGAUGACUACCAAAGGAGAGGCGAUAGCCAUUGGUAUUGCUCAAAUGACCACGGUCGAAUUAGCUACUUGUGAUCACGGAGUCGUCGCUAAAGUGAAGAGAUGCAUCAUGGAGAGAGAUACUUACCCACGCAGAUGGGGAUUAGGCCCUAAAGCUCAAGAAAAGAAGAAGAUGGUCAAGACCGGCUCUCUGGACAAGUACGGUCGCGCAAACGAGAAAACUCCGGCCAAUUGGAAGGAGGGAUACGUUGAUUAUUCCGCUUCCACGACCAAUCCCCCAACGGAAACCAUCAAUACCCAACCCACCGAAGCCGCUCCGGCAACGAAACCGAAACAAAAAAGGAAAGCAGAAGAGGUCAUCGAACCAUCAGAGGCUGGUGAUGUCUCGAUGGCCACUUCUGUGGCCGAUGGGACCAAGGAAACUGAAGAGGAAAGGAAAAAGCGAAAGGCUGAGAAGAAGAAAGCAAAAAAGGCUAAGGAAACUGCCGAGGAAGGUAACACUACUAUCACCUCUCAACCUGAGGAGGCUGAAGCAAAUACCGAGCAGGCCGAACGUCCCAAGAAGAAAAAGAAAAAAGAGAAAAAAGUUGACUGAUUCGAUACCACAUUCCCUUAAAAAGAGAUCGACUACAUCUAUACCUAAUGGUUCACCUUCCCUGCCCCACACGCUCUCUGCCUCUAGCUUUUUUCCCAAAUGAUUUCCAAUGUUUCAUGACACCUCAGUUUCCCAAUACUCAUGCAUUGUUUUCCAGGUGAUUUACGUACUUUUUUCCCCUUCUUUUUUCCUUCCCUUUUUUCUGUUGGCUGCUUGGGUCUGUUGUCUUCUUCUCUUUUUUUUUCUGCCCCCCUCCCCCCGAUUUGAGCCCGUCUAUGAAAAUAAAAUGUUCUCUAUUUCUUUCUGGAUUGGUGUCUCACUAAGCCGUCUGGUUAUUUGAGCCAAUCAUGUCCAUGAGACAACG